AUGACACAACAAAUAACUGUUGGAGACAUAACUGUUUCCGCUGAUAUGGAUCAAUCGAUCGGUCAAUAUUGUCGACUUGAAUUACUCAAUUUAAAAACAGAUGAUACUAUCAUUCAACAACUUUAUGAUUCAAUACAAUUUGCAUUUGAUACACUUGGUUAUAGGAGAGUAGAAUGGAGAUGUAAUGCUUUAAAUACGAAGUCAAGACAUACAGCAAUUCGAUUAGGUUUUCAAUAUGAAGGUACAUGGUUGAAAGCAGCAGUUUCUAAAGGUCGAUCAAGAGAUAAUUCAUGGUAUAGUAUUGUCGAUGAUGAAUGGCCACAAAUAAAAGAAGAAUUACAAAGAUGGUUAAAUCCAGAGAAUUUCGAUAUGAAUGGACAACAAUUGACUAAAUUGAAUGCAUCUCAAAUUAACCCACGUCAUACUAAAAUUAUAGAUGUUAAUUAG